GACAGUCCCAGCCUUCCCCGCCCGCCACCCCUACCCCCACCCCAAUCAGCCGCCGUCACGUGGUGCGGGAGUGGGCGGCGAGGAGAGAGGCUGGACUUUUCGGGUGCUGCUUCGCCAGUAGUUCCUCCGUCUCCCCGCCAACUCCGCACGCAGCGAGCGCGGCCCGGAGCGAGCCCCGCGCGGGCGGGCGAUGCGGGCGCCGCUGGCGGCACCUGCGGCUCCUCUCGGCGGCGACGGGCGCCUCGGCGACUGCAGCGCGGGCCCCCGCAGCCCCGGCAGCCCCCGCCGCCUCCGAGGCACCCGCCCGCUCCCGGCCCCGCGGCUCCGGGAGGAUGUGGAUCCUCGGCGUCGCAGCUACGUUUUGCGGGUGGUUCUUGCUUCAAGGCUCUGCGCUGCAGAUCCAGUGCUACCAGUGUGAGGAGUUCCAGCUGAACAACGACUGCUCGUCCCCGGAGUUCAUCGUGAACUGCACGGUGAACGUGCAGGACAUGUGUCAGAAAGAAGUGAUGGAGCAAAGCGCGGGGAUCAUGUACCGCAAGUCGUGUGCCUCCUCCGCAGCCUGCCUCAUCGCCUCGGCCGGGUACCAGUCCUUCUGCUCCCCCGGGAAACUGAACUCGGUGUGCAUCAGCUGCUGUAACACCCCCCUGUGCAACGGGCCGCGGCCCAAGAAGAGGAGCAGCUUGGCCCCCGCCCUCCGGCCAGGGCUGCCCGCCACCCUCCUGCUCCUCACAGCCGGCCUCCUCCUGGCGCACUGCUGA